UCAAGCUCUCAUUCGCGUGUAAUGCACACGAGGAGCAACAGCCCAAAACUCACCCAUUCCACUGUCAUUUACACGCAAGACACAAUUGUGCAAUUUGCAGGACAGUGUAAAUAUUGAAUCUUUUUUUAUAUCGAGAAACUUUUCAUUCACGUCUGUGCUACUUUACCAAAACAGUAAUUUAGGCUAAUAUGACAAAAAUCCUGCUAGCUCACAGCGUUGUUAAAUCUCUGAGACAAGGAUGCGUGGUUGGCAGAAGAGUAGGAAACAGGUCGUCAUGGCUGCGAUUUCAAACUAUGAAACUGUUUAGUUUGAAGGCCCAGACGGCCCACCUGGUCUUGGAGGAUGGUACCAGAAUGAAAGGAUUUUCCUUUGGGCAUGAUGCCUCUGUAGCCGGAGAACUCGUCUUCAAUACCGGCCUGGUGGGGUAUCCUGAGGCCCUGACUGAUCCCAGCUACAGAGGUCAGAUCCUUACCCUGACCUACCCUAUUGUGGGGAACUACGGGGUACCCAACAGCCAGGAGCUGGACGAGCUGGGCCUUAGAAAACAUUUGGAGUCAGAGCGUAUCCAGGUAUCUGGUCUUCUUGUUCAAGACUACAGUCACGAGUACAGCCACUGGAACUCUGUCAAGUCUUUGGGCCAAUGGCUACAAGAAGAGAAGGUUCCUGCACUGUUUGGAAUAGACACCAGAAUGCUAACCAAGAUCAUCAGAGACAAGGGCACAGCUUUGGGGAAAAUUGAAUUUGAUGGGCAGCCUGUUGAGAUUUCUGACCCUAACCAGAGAAACUUGGUAGCAGAGGUCUCAACCAAGGAAACCAAAGUUUUUGGAAAAGGAAACCCAAUAAAAGUGGUGGCUGUUGAUUGUGGUAUUAAACAUAACAUCAUUCGCCUGCUGGUUAAGAAGGGUGCAGAGGUCCACCUCGUACCGUGGGAUCAGGACUUGCAGAGUCUAGAUUACGACGGGCUUUUCAUCUCCAAUGGACCAGGAGAUCCGUCUUUGGCCAAGACACUCAUCAACAACGUUGCCAAGGUGCUGGAGAGUGAUCAUCCCAAGCCAGUGUUUGGGAUCUGUAUGGGCAACCAGAUCACUGCUCUGGCUGCAGGAGCUCAGUCAUAUAAGCUACCUAUGGGCAACAGAGGCCAGAACCAGCCGGUACUGAAUGUGAUGACGGGCCAGGCCUUCAUUACGGCACAGAACCACGGCUACGGCAUAGACAGCCAGUCCUUGCCCCCAGGGUGGAGCCCACUUUUCAUCAACGCCAAUGAUGGCACAAAUGAGGGCAUCAUGCACAACACAAAGCCUGUGUUUACGGCCCAGUUUCACCCGGAAGCUAAAGGCGGUCCCACUGACACAGAGUUUCUCUUCGAUGCCUUUAUGUCGCUGAUCAAGAAAGGAAAAGAUGCCAAUAUAGUUUCAGUAAUGCCUAAAAAACCACAGAUUCCUCCCAGAGCCCAGGUGUCAAAGGUGCUCAUACUGGGUUCUGGUGGUCUGUCUAUAGGUCAGGCUGGAGAGUUUGACUACUCUGGAUCACAGGCCAUCAAGGCCAUGAAGGAGGAAAACCUGAAGACAGUGCUCAUGAACCCAAAUAUAGCCUCAGUUCAGACCAAUGAAGUGGGAACCAAGCAGGCCGAUUCUGUCUACUUCCUGCCUGUCACGCCACAAUUUGUCACUGAAGUCAUCAAGACCGAGCGUCCAGAUGGCAUCCUGCUCUCCAUGGGCGGACAGACUGCACUCAACUGCGGAGUUGAAUUAUUCCAGAGUGGUGUCCUUGCAUACGGGGUGAAGGUCCUGGGAACCCCAGUUGAAUCCAUCAUGGCCACAGAGGACAGACAGCUUUUUGCGGACAAACUGAAUGAGAUUGAUGAGAAGAUUGCACCCAGUUUCGCUGUGAAGUCGGUAUCUGAUGCCUUGAAAGCGGCAGAGCAGAUUGGCUACCCUGUGAUGUUGCGAUCUGCCUAUGCCCUUGGAGGACUGGGGUCUGGUCUGUGUGCCAACAAAGAAAUGCUGGAGGAAACUGCACACAAGAUACAAAAUGAAAACCCAAGGCUUGGGUUUAGCUGUAGAUUUGGUGGAAAAGUCUCUGAGGGUGGAAAGGGGGGGGAAUAUGAGGUGGUGGAAAAUGUGGCGACAAGCGUCCCGCUGCAACAUGGAAACUUGCCCACUGGCAUUCACUCAGGUGACUCCAUAGUGGUGGCACCAAGCCAGACAUUGUCCAACGAGGAGUACCACAUGCUCCGUGAGACGGCCAUCAAAGUGGUUCGCCACCUUGGCAUUAUAGGCGAAUGCAACAUCCAGUAUGCCCUACACCCGUCGUCCCUGGAGUACUGCAUCAUUGAGGUUAACGCUCGGCUCUCCAGAAGCUCUGCUCUGGCAUCCAAAGCUACCGGGUAUCCAUUGGCUUUUGUUGCUGCUAAGCUGGCUUUGGGUAUCCCCCUACCAGAGAUCAAGAACGCUGUAUCGGAGAAGACCACUGCCUGCUUUGAACCCAGUUUAGAUUACAUUGUUACUAAUCCCCGCUGGGACCUGGACCGUUUUCAGGGCAUGUCACAUGAAAUAGGCAGUGCCAUGAAGAGUGUCGGAGAGGUGAUGGCAGUUGGUCGGACCUUUGAAGAGAGUGUGCAGAAGGCCCUGAGGAUGUGUCAUCCAUCAGUGGAUGGCUUUGUGCCCCGGCUGCCACUCAAGAAAGCCUGGGCCGACACCCAGGACCUGGAGCAGGAGCUGGCUGUGCCCUCCAUUACCCGCAUUUUCUCCCUUGCCAAGGCCCUCCACAGUGGUAUGAGUGUUGAUCAGAUCCACCAGCUCACGUUCAUAGACAAGUGGUUCCUCCACAAACUCAACAGGAUAACACAGCUGGAGCAGCACCUGGCAAACUACAACGGUGGCACAGUACCUAAGGAGCUGCUGCUGAAGGCUAAGCAGGACGGCUUCUCAGACCGGCAGGUUGGUCAGAUACUGGGCUCCAGUGAGCGAGCAGCCAGAGAGCUGAGGCUCACUCAUGGCAUCAAACCCUGGGUCAAGCAGAUUGACACCUUGGCAGCAGAGUAUCCAGCCAUGACCAACUACCUGUAUUGUACCUAUCAUGGCCAGGAGAAUGAUCUGGACUUUAAAGACCAGGGAAUUAUGGUUCUUGGUUGUGGGCCCUACCACAUUGGGAGCAGUGUUGAGUUUGACUGGUGUGCGGUGUCCAGCAUCAGAGCUUUGAGACAGAUGGGCAAGAAGACCGUAGUGGUCAACCACAAUCCUGAGACGGUCAGCACUGACUUUGACGAGUGUGACCGCCUUUACUUUGAGGAGUUGACCCUGGAGCGCAUCUUGGACAUCACCCAACAGGAGGGUUGCUUUGGCAGCAUUGUGUCAGUCGGAGGCCAGAUCCCCAACAACCUGGCUGUCCCGUUGCACCUCAGUGGGGUGAAGAUUCUGGGAACGAGCCCCCUGCAGAUUGACCGUGCUGAGGAGCGCUCCAUCUUCUCCAGUAUACUAGAUGACCUCAAGGUGGCCCAAGCCCCAUGGAGGGCCCUCAGCUCCCUGGAAGACGCCUUUGCCUUCGCCAACCAAGUCGGCUAUCCCUGUCUGUUGCGCCCCUCCUAUGUUCUCAGUGGCUCUGCAAUGAACGUUGUGUAUGGAGAAGAGGAGAUGAAACGCUUCUUGGGGGAGGCAACUCAGGUGUCCCAGGAGCAUCCAGUGGUUAUCACCAAGUUCAUCAGAGGUGCCAGGGAGGUAGAGGUGGAUGCUGUGGCAAAAGGUGGCAAGGUGCUGGUCCAUGCCAUAACGGAGCAUGUGGAAGAUGCGGGGGUACACUCAGGAGAUGCCACUCUAAUGCUACCAACCCAGACUAUUAGCCAGGGGGCGCUAGAAAGAGUUAAGAUUUCCACCCGGAAAAUUGCGCAAGCAUUUGAAAUUUCGGGGCCCUUUAACACUCAAUUUCUGGUUAAAGGCAAUGAUGUUAUGGUGAUAGAGUGUAAUCUGCGGGCAUCACGCUCCUUUCCUUUUGUAUCAAAAACAAUCGGUGUGGACUUUAUCAAUGUGGCAACAAAAGUAAUGGUUGGAGAGCCUUUGGAUGAGGCCAGCCUGCCCUCACUGGAGAGCCCCAUCAUCCCUGUAAACUACGUAGGCAUCAAGGCACCUAUGUUCUCCUGGCCACGGCUGAGGGAUGCAGACCCUGUGCUUCGCUGUGAGAUGGCCUCCACUGGAGAAGUAGCUUGUUUUGGACCAAACAUUUAUUCAGCCUUCCUGAAGGCUAUGCUCUCCACAGGCUUUAAGCUACCGCAGAAGGGCAUCCUGAUUGGGAUUCAGCAUUCGUUCCGACCCAAUUUCCUGGCUACAGCCCAUCAGCUGAAAGAGGAAGGAUUCAAGCUCUAUGCUACUGAAGCCACUUCUGCCUGGCUGUGGGCCAAUGAUGUGCCUGCCACUCCAGUUGCCUGGCCCUCUGAUAAGGGAGGAGACACCAGUUUGCCCAGUAUAAAGAGACUCAUCAGCGAGGGUCAUAUUGACCUGGUGGUCAACCUGCCUAAUAACAACACUCGCCAGCUGAAGGAUAACUUCCUCAUCCGUAGAAUGGCUGUGGACCACGGUGUUCUCAUCACUAAUUAUCAGGUGGUGAAGCUGUUUGCAGAGGCUAUUCACCAUGCAGGUGACCUUGACACUACCAGCCUCUUCCACUACCGGCAGGAGCAACGGGUGGCUGACCAGCAGGGAUCAUUGCAUAGUAUUAAGAAACUCAUCAGCGAGGGUCAUAUUGACCUGGUGGUCAACCUGCCUAAUAACAACACUCGCCAGCUGAAGGAUAACUUCCUCAUCCGUAGAAUGGCUGUGGACCACGGUGUUCCCCUCAUCACUAAUUAUCAGGUGGUGAAGCUGUUUGCAGAGGUUAUUCACCAUGCAGGUGACCUUGACACUACCAGCCUCUUCCACUACCGGCAGAAGCAACGGGUGGCUGACCAGCAGGGAUAAUGAACGCUUCCUUCCAUUUCCUUUGGUUUCCUUUGUAAAACAGCAGCAUUAAUUGUGAGGAAAUAUUCGUAACACGGUUUCUCAAAAAAGCCUUUUUUUUUAACUAUCCCAUGGUGUCAAGAUGUAGAGUUAUUUUGGUGCAAGGAA